AUGUGCAUUUGUAGAAAUCGGCCUAGAGAAAAUCUAGGCAGUUCUACUGGCUACAUUGAGCUGGUGAAGGCAGAGCUGAAACUUAGGGCAACUUACUGUUGGUGUGAAAACUGCUUUGUACCAACCUCUGAGAUCAUUGCUAUAGAAGAAGCUGAACUGAACAAAAAACAGCGUAAUAUUGGGAAAUGGCAAAAAAUGGCAAAGCCACAUGCUUUCACAGUGUAUUAUGUGAAGAAAUCUCGAAAUCACCGCUGGCGGUGCAGGGAUGUGACGUUUUGGUGUGUUGAUGAGCACUUGUGUAAUCAAUGGAUACAGGCGCUGAAAGAAUUACUUGAAAUGCAGAAGUCUAGACCAAAGCAGUUACUUGUGUAUAUUAAUCCCUAUGGAGGAAAACGACAAGGAAAGAGGAUUUAUGAGCAGAAAGUUGCUCCACUCUUCAGUCUGGCUUCUAUCUCCACUGAUGUUGUUAUAACUGAACAUGCUAACCAUGCUAAGGACAAUUUAUUUGAAGUUAAUAUUAAUAAAUAUGAUGGUGUUGUUUGUGUUGGUGGGGACGGCAUGUUCAGUGAAGUGAUGCAUGGUCUCAUUGGAAGAAUGCAGAAGGACUCUGGCGUAGACCAAAAUAAUCCCAAAGCACCGUUAGUCCAGUGCAAUAUAAGGAUUCGCAUAAGUCCUGCUGGAUCAACAGAUUGCGUAUGCUAUUCAACUGUUGGCAUUUCUGACCCAGUAACAUCAGCUCUUCAUAUUAUUUUAGGUGACUGUCAGCCUCUGGAUGUCUCUUCUGUACAUCAUAACAACACAUUUUUGAAGUACUCUGUGUCAUUGCUGGGUUAUGGUUUUUAUGGAGAUAUAUUAAAAGAUAGUGAAAAGAAGCGGUGGAUGGGUCCAAUGAGAUAUGACUACUCAGGCUUCAAGACUUUUCUUUCUCAUCAUUGCUAUGAAGGAACAAUUUCUUUUCAACCAGCAACACAUGCACUUGGAUCUCCACGAGAUAAAGAAGGCUGCAGAGCAGGAUGUUAUAUUUGCAAGAAAAGUGAGCAGCGGCUGGCAGAACAGCAAAGGGAUCGCGGAUUAAAACAUGAAGAUGAUGCAGAAGAAUGGAAGGUUAUUAAAGGGAAAUUUUUAGCCAUCAAUGCAGUAAAUAUGAGCUGUGCCUGUCCACGAAGUCCAAAAGGUCUUUCACCAGCAGCUCAUUUGGCAGAUGGUUCAGCUGACCUCAUUUUAGUUCGUAAAUGCUCCAGAUUUGAUUUUUUACGGUAUCUUGUCAGACAUACAAACCAAGAUGAUCAGUUUGACUUCUCAUUUGUAGAUGUUCAUCGGGUGAAGAGUUUUCAAUUUACAUCAAAGCUUUCAGAAGACAAUGAAAGCAAUGUCACAGACAUAGGAAAGAAACAUUUUGGCCAGUUCUGCAGAGAUCAUCCAGCCUGUUGCUGUCAUGUUGCUAAUAGCACCUGGAAUUGUGAUGGAGAAACUCUGGACAGUUCAGCAAUUGAAGUGAGGGUUCACUGCCAGUUGAUGAAACUAUUUGCAAGAGGAAUCGAGGAAAACUGUAAAGACAAAGCUGCCUGCAGCCAGAGUGGCAUUGAACAGUUACUAUAGACAUUGUUCCUCCAAUGGGGAGAAGAAAAAAUAAAAGCUCAAGGAAAUUGAGUAAAUAUGCAUUUUAGUCAAAUUGACAAGGUUUUUUUUAAAAUAUUAGUUUGAGUUGUGUUUUUUUUUAAUGGCUUCUGUAUAAUUU